AUGGAGGAUGCAAAUGAAAGUGAGGAGGUGGGGGGUUUGGAGUUAGUUCCUGUAGCAGAAUCUUCCCAGAUGGCAGACAAAGGGGCAGAGAAGGAUAUGGAUGUGGAAUCCUCAGCUGGCCAAUUGAUAGAGAACAAAGCACUGGAAAAGCACCCAACUACGAAGGUUGGUAAGGGUACAAGGAUAGCCACCACUUGGAAAAGAAGAGCUGCUACUGAAGGUAGACUUGUGAGGAUGGAGGUUCAGAACCAGGUGCAGAUUCAUAGCAACCUUGUGAAUCCUUAUCAGUCAUCACCCCAACAGUCAUUGAAGAGAAACAGGGAAAUUAUAAACCAACCAGAGAGAGGCAAUGGAAGUUUUUGGUGGAUAGCAAACACAAAUGGGGAACUUGCUGGCUAA